AUGUUGGAAGACGGCACGACAUCGAGGGCGAGCAUGUUCCUGCCCCUACUCCUGCCCCUGCUGCUAUGCCCGUUCCUCUUCAUCCUUUACCCAGUCGUCAACAAGCUGGUCGCUUACAAGAGAGAUUCGGCGCUUGCCCAUCGCAUGCAUUGCAUGCCACCUCCAGAGCUCCCGAACAAAUGGCCCCUGGGGAUCGAUUGGGUGCGUGAAAUAUGGACCUCGAAUGCUGAAGGUCGUCUUCUGCCGUUCCUCUGCUCCAUCGCAAAGGACUAUGAGCCUCGCAAUAUGCUUUCUCAAUACCUGCUCUUUGGCCCUCGUACCUUUCAUAUCCUCGAACCCCGGAAUCUAGAGGCCGUCUUGUCAUCAAACUUUGCAGAUUACGGCUUUGGAGUCCGCGCAGAGAUUUUCGCUCCUCUACUGGGCCAGGGUAUAUUUACGCAAGAGGGUGCUGCCUGGAAACAUUCCCGGGAACUUUUGCGCAAGCAAUUUGUCCGAGCACAGUAUCAGAAUCUCAGCCACUUCCAAGAGCAUGUUGACAAUCUGUUGAGCCAUCUCCCGGAUCAGGGAGUGGUUGAUUUGCAACCCUUGUUCUUUAGCCUCACCUUGGACACAACUACUGCUCUGUUGAUGGGAAAGUCGGUCUACAGCCUGAGAGCAGAUAUCGAUCAAGACGCCGAAAAUCGAGACUUCUCCGAGAGCUUCAAUCUGGCCCAAGAAGGGCUUGCAAAGCGGUUCCGCAUCGCUCCAUGGCACGCUUUGUAUAACCCACCAGCCUUUCGGCGGGCUUGCAAAACUGUCCACGCCUAUGUGGAACGGUACAUCGAGCAGAGGCAUCUCUCCAACGAGAAGAGCCAAGACGCGUACAGCUUCAUUGACCAGAUAGCCAAUGAGUCGAAAAGCCGAACCGAGCUGAGAGACCAGCUUCUGAACGUCCUUCUCGCAGGUCGGGAUACGACGGCCUGUUGUUUGACGUGGACAUUUCGUCUUCUUGUUCGCCAUCCUCAGGUUAUGAAACGCCUGCGAGCAGAAGUUACCACUGUCAUGGGCGACGGUAUACAUCCGUCGAGAGAACAGAUCCGUAAAAUGCCGUUCCUCGCGUGCGUCAUCAAGGAGAGUCUUCGCUUAUAUCCGCCAGUGCCUCUGAACAACCGGCAGGCUAUCAAAACGACCCUCUUACCAACGGGUGGAGGACCUGACGGGAAGCAAAUGAUUCUGGUCAGAAAAGGUGAAGUAGUCGUGUUCUCACAGUACGUCAAUUCCCGUGUAAAGAGCAUAUACGGGUCGGACGCAGACGACUUUCGCCCCGAAAGGUGGGAGGACAACGGACUCGCAAAGAUUGGCUGGGCAUAUUUCCCCUUUAACGGCGGACCGAGACAGUGUCUGGGCGAAGAUUUUGCACUUAUGGAGGUCUCGUAUACCAUAGUGAGGCUGCUUCAGGCAUGUUCCAGCCUUGAUUUGCCGGACGGCGAGAUCGUUGAACGUCUAGGCCAGGAGAAACAAAGGUUGACGCUCGUUUUGUCAAGCGCCGACGGCUGUAGGGUCAAGUACGUCCGACGAUAG